GCCACCUUGCAACCGCAAACCUACACGCUGGCGAUGAACGGCUCGCAACCCGGACCGCGACAGCACAAACCACCAACAUCGACUGAUAGCUGGUCCGCAACGUUGCUGAGACUGGAGCACUGUCAGUUUGCUGUUCGAGUCGACCUGCUCAAAGUUGCCUACGACCCUCCGGAAUGCCUCGCUCGUUUUAUGAACUCCAGCUGAUAUGUCUUGUCUCGUUCUGCCUCGUCUCCCUGCUUGUUGAACGACACUUAUCGAAACGACGAGCAAACCCAAAAGCUGAGCUCGAGGAGGAAGAUGGGCAUCAUGUCACGUCUACCGCCGCCACUAGCGGAUCAGGCCAUGUCCUGUCUACGCUCACCAGGCAGUACUUGAUUGUAUAUGCUAUCGUUAUGGGCGCGGACUGGCUACAAGGUCCAUACAUCUACUCGCUGUACAAGGAGCAAUAUGCCUUCCCGGAACGCCUAGUAGCAGCGUUCUUCGUUACGGGUUUCAUGUCCGCAGGGCUCAUGGCCCCAGUAGUGGGCGUCUUGGCUGACCAGCAUGGUCGCCGGAAAAUCUGUCUAGUGUUCUGCGUGACAUACGCAUUUUCCUGUGUCUGCAUCCUCUUCCCGUAUCUUCCUGUUCUAUUUGCCGGUCGUUUGCUAGGAGGGUUUUCCACCUCCAUCCUCUAUUCAGCCUUUGAAUCAUGGCUGAUAUCCGCCUCGACCUCGCUGGCACUCCCGCAGACUGAUCUCUCGGGUAUCUUGGGACGUGCUUCUCUCGUAAACGGCUUCGUUGCCGCUGCCGCAGGUGUGGCAAGUAACGAACUGGUCGGCAUGACGGGAUCAUUCGCAACCCCAUUUGUGGCUAGUGGCGUCCUGCUUGUUCUCGGGUGGAUCGUCAUCAAAGGGACGUGGACGGAGAACUACGGUAGCGGCGGCGGAACAGAUGCUGCGACGUCAGAUCCGCUCCAACUGAGACGAUUGGGCCAAGCGUGGAAGAUAGUCCGGAGCGAACCGCCGCUCUUAGUGAUUGGCCUAACCCAGACGUGUUUCGAAGGCUCAAUGUAUCUUUUUGUCUUCAACUGGGUGCCAGCCAUGCAAGAAGUUGCUUUGCCGUACAAUCCGCUGCCUCUGGGCUAUAUAUUCUCCUCCUUCAUGGUCGCUAUGAUGGUCGGAUCCCUCUUAUACACAUCCAUCGUUUCCCUUCACUCAACCACGGACCCUGAGAUGCAUGGAGAUAGCUCUCUUGUUCUUCAUGCGAAACUGAGCUCUCUCGUGUGCGCGGUGGGUGCAUUAGCGCUUGCAGCGAGCAUCAAGAGCAAAGACGAACAUGUGCGGUUCUGGGCGUUCUGCAUCUUCGAAGCAUGCGUUGGCAUGUACUAUCCGGUGCAGGGCAUGCUGCGCGGGACGCUGAUAUCCAACGAACAUCGUGCAACUUUGUCAUCCCUCUUCCGUGUCCCUCUCAAUGUGUUCGUGGUGGUGUCCCUGCUGACAGGUGUAUCAUCCGCGCGGUACAUCGUUCUCAUGGCGAGUUCAAUCAUGCUGUCACUUUCAUCGAUGAUUACUGCCGCAUUCCUCGUGGACCACUCCGAUUCCACAUCGCUGACAGCGCCUCGUCCUCCUGAAUAAAAAAAAUAGUACCGUACCUCCUUAAGCUUGCUGUAAUAGUGGACUAAUAAUAUACCUCAUGCAUGUUGUCGCCAUCACAUUGUCGUCAUGCAUCGUGGCUGUCCACCUUUCAUUCUUUACAGCGCUUAUCUGCUGCUCCUUGGUGAUUGUGGUUUGCUUCCCUAUGGGCGUACACUGCUUCGCUGCUGUGACACCCGCCAGACAGGCUGUUAUACGUAGGGAUCUUUCUAAACUCAGCUAGAUAAUCUUGAUCGUAACGCG